ACAGAACCGAAGCCACUUUUCAAGCCGUAAAAGGUUGUUAAUUGCAAGUAUCGCCUGCGAUCGACCUAUGCUGCAGUUGUUCAGUGAUUGUUUUGAUAUUUCCUAUACCACCUCAUAAUUGGAGACCCAGCGGCGAUAUCGGAGAUACAAUUGAAGAUCAGUAUCUAUAUUUACCCCUCUCACUCGCUGCGAAUGAUCGCAACCUCGACUCUCCAUCACCUUUCCGUGCGUCGUGUUAGCUAUGGAAUUACAAACGUCAAGCAGCAAUGGCACAUUAUUCAUCAAUGGAGUGUUCUUCACCUCCGGUCCUCGGGGAGAAGACCCAGUAUUCCACGACUAUAUGUUCAUCAAAGAUGGAUUGAUUGAAAGCAUCGGCGCCAAAUCCGACCAGAGCAUUGACGACAUCAGAAAGAAGAAUCCCUCAAUACGCGAUCUGAAAGGGAAAAUCGUCUUGCCCGGCUUCGUCGAUGGACACAUACAUCUCCUCAUCCUCGGACAAUCCCUCCAAAAGGUCGACUUAACUGGAUGCACGAACCUUGAAGAAAUCCGUACGCGGAUUAAGGACUAUGCGCAGGCUCAUCCGGAUAAGGAUAGGAUCCUCUGUCGAGGAUGGAUGCACUCCAUGACAAAUUCCGAAGCUAAAGCCACCAUGCUUGAUGAUCUCGAUCCGCGGCCUGUGUAUAUCGACUCCAAGGAUCUGCAUUUCGUAUGGUGCAACACCGCUGCGCUAAAAGAGCUUGGAGCGGACGAGUUGACGGCUCCCGCUGGCGGGACAAUUGACCGUGACGAUACUGGCAAAGCGACGGGACUAUUGGGGGAAGCAGCGACCUUUGGGAUCGUUUGGCCGCAUUUGGCCAACCUCGCGACUAUGGAUGAGAAGCUGGGUGCUCUACGGGGUGCGAUGAAGACUUACAACGAGGCGGGAUAUACCGGCAUGGUGGAUAUGGCGAUGGACGAGAAUGGGUGGGAAGCGCUCCUUGCUUUAAGAGAGGCAGACGGGCCUCUGUCAGUCAGUAUCUCGGCGUACUGGCUGAUCAGGCCAGACAAAGACCCGCAAGACCAGGAAAGUCAUGCCCCUCGAGUGGCUCAGGUCGAACGGGCGAUUGCUCUAAACAAGAAGUACAAUAGCACAACGUCUCCGGAUCUUCGCAUUGUCGGUAUCAAGGUCAUCUGUGACGGUAUAGUCGAUGCUUGCACAGCAGGACUACUAGAACCGUAUUCCAGCAAUGGACUCUCUACCGAUCCAGUCUGGACUCCAUCGAUGCUCAGUCCGGUUAUUGAGAAGGCCAAUUCAGCUGGAUUGCAGUGUGCCCUCCACGCGAUCGGCGAUGCUACGGUACGAAUGGCAAUUGACGCGAUUGGAACUCACAUCGAGCCAGAGAAGAGACCGAGAAUUGAGCACUUGGAGUUAACAUCUCCGGGAGAUGCCGAACUCCUCCAUAAGUACGGCAUCACAGCAUCCAUUCAACCUGUCCACUCUGAUCCAUCCAUUUGUCAAGCCUGGCCGAAACUACUUGGGCCGCAUCGACUGGAGCGCGCGUUCGCAUAUCGAGAGAUGCAAGAUAAGGGUGCGACACUUGCUCUGGGGUCGGAUUCCCCAACUGCCCCCCACGCUCCGUUGCAUAACCUCUACGUUGCAACGACACGGAAAUCAGCAAAGAAUCCCGAGGGAAAUUACCCGCCUAUCAACCGCCAGGAAGCACUCGAGCUCAGUCAAGCCAUCUCAGGGGCCACUAGAGGUGCUGCAUAUUCGUGCUUCGAUGACUUGAGGACAGGGAGUCUCGAAGCUGGAUUACGGGCGGACUUUGUCAUUGUGGAUAUGGAACACAAUCCAGAGAAGUUGUUGGCGGCGAAGGUUCAACAGACAUGGUACGGUGGACGAAAGGUGUUCGAUGACGGGACGUAAGAAACUGGAGCUUCGUCUAAACCAAACCCCCUUCAGAUCCCCUACCUACCGCAGAUUCCAUUAGCUAUCCACUAAUCCAAGGGCCGCUUGAUAUUUUGGACCAAUAUCUUAUCGUUUUAAUCAUUAUCGCUAAGACACCAGGAAUAAUGCAGCAUGAGGUGCCUUCUCUCGUCCAAAGAUAUGAUUUUGCAUCGAAGUUGGAACCUUUUACAUAUGUCAAGCCGGUCUAGAGUGUCGUGUCCUUUUCAUCAUCUCCUUACAUGAAAGUCAGAAACUCGCUUUACUUCACUUGUAUCUUCCGUCCUUUAUGUAUUCCAGUUGCUGAAGCA